GCUCACUUCCUCCUCGAGCAAGGAGGCGAACAAACGCCCUGUGUGUAUUCUCGCGAGAAGUCCCCCGCUUUCGGGAUUUCUGGCCUCCAUCCGCCUGGAACUGGGCUGCUGCUGGGAGCGCUGCAUGUGCCGCUUGGGAGGGCGGUCGGAGGAGGAGGAAGAGCUGCCGCCCCCUUCGCUGAGGCUGCCUGGAUUUGUGAGCUGAGACUGCAAUGGAGGCAGCUGAGCCAGUGAUUGUCGAUUCUAAAGGAGAUCAAAGGUGCAACACCAGACCAGAUGCAGACUAUCCUCUCAGAGUCCUCUACUGUGGAGUUUGCUCAUUGCCAACAGAGUACUGCGAAUACAUGCCCGACGUGUCAAAAUGCAGGCAAUGGCUAGAGAAGAAUUUUCCAAACGAGUUUGCAAAACUUACUGUAGAAAAAUCUCCCAAACAAGAAUCUGGAAUUGGAGAAGGGCAAGGAAUGACUGGUGAAGAGGAAGAGAAAAAAAAGCAAAAAAGAGGUGGAAGAGGUCAGAUAAAACAGAAGAAGAAAACGGUCCCUCAGAAAGUCACAAUAGCAAAAAUCCCUAGGGCAAAGAAGAAAUAUGUCACAAGGGUUUGUGGUCUCGCAACUUUUGAAAUAGACCUUAAGGAAGCACAAAGAUUCUUUGCCCAGAAGUUCUCUUGUGGUGCCUCAGUAACGGGAGAGGAUGAAAUAAUAAUUCAGGGGGACUUUACAGACGACAUCAUUGAUGUCAUCCAGGAAAAGUGGCCAGAGGUUGAUGAUGAUAGCAUCGAAGAUCUGGGAGAAGUCAAGAAGUGAAAAUGUGUUUUUAAAAAUCAAAACCUGCCUUCCAACUUGCACCGAGUUCUAGUUGAUGUAGCCAAAAUAAGGCUUCUUCUCUGUGUGUUUGCCUGGCAAAAAGAACUGUUAAAGAACUGUACCCCUUACUGUUGGCAUUUUCUGUAUUGGCUACAUAUACUCUGUUUGUGUUCUUGCCAAAGUUUAAACCCGGAGGAAGUGGGACGAUUGUGCUUCCAAACACAGAGUUCAUUGAUUAAAAAGUUAAUGUUCCUCACACAAA